AGGCGGAAGUUAGUAACGUUACAACAGCACGAAGUAACGGGCGAAAUAAUCAAGUAAACCACAGAAAAUGUUGAAAGACAUGAUAAGGGAUCGACUAAUGGCGGCAGCUGAUGAAAUAUUCGCGGCAUUCGAAAGAACGAUAGCGUCAUACGAGGAGGAACUUUCUCGAACAAGAGAGGAGAAGGAGCGACAUCGACAACAACUGGAAGCUGUUAGCAAGACUGACAUUGUGGUACACGGUGAAGGCUCUCAGUCGUACAGGAGUUGUCCAUCGAGGAAAAGGCUUCUUGAGACGUCAUCUGUACUUCUGUGAAGAAGGUGUCGGACGUUUCGCUCCUCAUCCGAAGAGCUUCGUCAGCGAACUAAUAAGUGCUGGUAGCUUAGGCCUAAAAUACAGUAAGAGUGGGCGGAAUUGGUGUGUCAACACCCUCCCCCUAUUGGUUCGUUACACUAAGCCUGGGCGGAGUAGUGGUAUAAUCCUAUCCUGUUAUUCACAGAUCACAUCAAUGCGGUGGACACCAAUAUCAAAUUUACUCGCGAGGACACUAAAGAGAGCCAACUAGCCUUCUUAGACUGCAAGGUAAUUAUAGGAGAGGACAGACAGCUACUUACAGAGGUCUUUAGAAAGGCCACACACACUGACCAAUACCUGCUUUUUGAAUCAAACCAUCCACUACAACAUGAAAUUGGGGUUAUUAGGACCCUCCAACAUAGAGCGGAACAAAUACCAACUAGUGCUGAGGGAAGGAAAAAGGAGACACAACAUGUCCAGAGAGCGCUCUCAACCUGUGGGUACCCGCGGUGGGCUUUUAACAAAUGUCAAAAGAAGAGAGUAGGGAAAGAAACCCAAAAGCCCACAGAAGUAAAAAGGAGAGGAGUGGUAGUCCCUUAUGUAGCGGGGGUCUCCGAAAAACUCCAGAGGAUCUUAUGGCAACACAAAAUUCCUACCUAUUUCAAACCAGUAAAUACCCUGAGACAAAAAUUAAUGCAUCCUAAAGACAAGGCUCCAAACCAGAAACAAAGCAAUGUGGUCUAUUCCAUCCACUGUAUCCAUCCUCACUAACGUCACACAAAAGGAAAUCAUAGAUAUUGUCAACAAAUUCAAAGCGAAAACAUCAACCGAUUGCAACGGAAUAGAAAUGGAAACGAUAAAAAGGGUUAUAAAUGAGAUUGUACAACCGCUAACGUACCUUAGCAACCUAUCAUUCCAGACAGGUAAAUUCCCAAAUAAAAUGAAAAUAGCUAAAGUAGUUCCAAUCUAUAAAAAUGGAAACAAACAUCAAUUCACAAAUUACCGACCAGUGUCCUUACUGCCACAAUUUUCCAAAAUCAUUGAAAAACUAUUUAAUAACAGGUUGGACAAUUUUAUUAAAAAAAAUGAGUUACUCACGGAGAGUCAAUACGGAUACAGAAGCAACAUUUCAACUUCCAUGGCACUGAUAGAACUUACAGAGGAAAUCACCAAUGCUAUAGAUCAUAGAAAGUGCACGGCUGCAGCAUUUAUGGAUUUAACAAAAGCCUUUGACACAAUUAAUCAUGAUAUUCUAAUCACUAAACUAGAAAGGUAUGGAAUUAGAGGGUUAGUCUUGAACUGGGUUAAAAGCUACUUAGCUGACAGGAGGCAAUAUGUGAAGCUAGGAGAACAUACGUCCGAGGAGUUAAACAUAUCAUGCGGCGUUCCCCAGGGGUCAAUUCUAGGACCAAAACUAUUCAAUCUAUAUAUAAACGACAUCUGUAAAGUCCCAAGAGACCUAAAGCUAGUAUUAUUUGCAGACGAUACAAUCGCAUUAUGUUCUGGAGACAGCACACCAGAGCUAGUACAACACAUCACAGAUGAACUAACUCUACUAAAAAGAUGGUUUGAUAAAAACAGACUAUCACUGAACCUCAGUAAAACUAAAGUAAUGCUAUUUGGUAAGUGUAAAAAAGAAACGUACCAGCAAAUACAAAUUGAUGGGGUAGACAUUGACAGGGCGAACGAAAAUAAAUUUCUCGGGGUUAUAAUAGAUGAGAAGAUGAACUGGAAAUCUCACAUUAAAAAUGUAAAACAUAAAGUGGCAAGAAACACCUCAAUACUGAAUAAAGCUAAAUUUGUCCUUGACCAAAAAGCACUACAUACGCUCUACUGUUCACUGAUAUUACCAUAUCUAACUUAUUGUGCCGAGUUAUGGGGCAAUAACUAUAAAAGUGCACUUCAGCCACUAACUGUGCUACAAAAAAGGUCAGUCAGGAUCAUCCAUAAUGCUGCCUACAGAGAACACACAAAUUCCUUAUUUAUAAAAUCACAAUUAUUAACAUUUGCGGAUCUAGUAAACCUUCAGACGGCUAAAAUUAUGCAUAAAGCAAACAAUAACCUUCUACCGAAAAAUGUAAAACAAUUCUUAUCAACAAGAGAGGAGAAAUAUGAUCUGAGAGGAAAAUUUAACCUAAAACACCUAUAUGCACGGACAACACUGAACACUUUCAGCAUUUCUGGAUGUGGAAUCAAGUUGUGGAACGGAUUGAGUAAGGAACUCAAACAAUGCACAACAAUGAGCGAUUUUAAUAAAAAGUACAAGCAGUUGAUGUUCACAAAAUACAAAGAAGAAGAGACCUGAACCACUGUGUACAUACAAUACAACAUCUAACCAUUACUAUACUGACUAUUAACUCUUCAUUGUGGUGACUACAUGGUCUGUACUCAUUCAUUAUCAAUCAAACACUUCUUCAAUCAUUCUAUCAGUUAUCAUUAUGCCUGUAGCUUCCUUGUAGUAAGUGAAAACCUUGUUAUGAUCGCACUACAUUGUCAUGUAGACCUACAAAGCAUACCUGGAAGAAAAAGAGGUGAGUGAAUGUAUUGCAAUUGAUGUGAAGCUGAUGAGGGGUAGGAUUAAAUAAGCUUUGCUUCUUCCUACUCCUUUUUGGACAUGCAAAACUGUGAACUGUAUUGUGUGAUGUGCAACUGUUUGACUUGUAUGCAUGUUCAAGAUGAAUUAAAACCAUGAACCAUGAACCACUGUAAAGAUGAGGAAUGCAAAGAGCACUACAUUGGGGAAACUAAGCAAAUGCUCCAAAAAAGGCUUUAUCAACAUCGCAGGGACAAUUCUAGUGGUCCUCAAUCAGCAGUACAUCUACACCUUAAAGCGACCAAUCACUCUUUUGAGGACAGCGAGGUAAAGAUUUUGGCCAAAGAAAACAGAUGGUUUGAAAGAGGAGUAAAGGAAGCCAUUUUUGUCAAACAACAGAACCCAUCAUAGAAUCGGAAUGGUGGUUUGAGGUUUAAUUUGGACCCUGUGUUCAGCAGGUUACUGAGACCAAAACCCACAGCUCUUAGUCUUGCAAAUGAGGUGAAGCCAGGGCCGAGCCAGAACAAUAGAUGCUAACUAGCCAGGAUCAGAGUCGUUCAUACCCUAUUCAGGGAGCGACACUUCCCCUUUUAUUGGAGGUGUUAAUAACAGGAUAGGAUUAUACCACUACUCCGCCCAGGCUUAGUGUAACGAACCAAUAGGGGGAGGGUGUUGACACACCAAUUCCGCCCACUCUUACUGUAUUUUAGGCCUAAGCUACCAGCACUUAUUAGUUCGCUGACGAAGCUCUUCGGAUGAGGAGCGAAACGUCCGACACCUUCUUCACAGAAGUACAGAUGACGUCUCAAGAAGCCUUUUCCUCCUUGUCCUAUUUAGCUAAGUUCAUCAGUUUACUGGGCGACUGAGCAUGGCUUCAGUGGUGGAUGCUAUUUCCACAAUAUGAACCACUACAAUGUGUUUCAGCCUUACCUAUCGCUCAUUCAGCAUCAUCUUUCUUGGAAAAUAUGUCCACCACUUCCUCCAGGUUGACAACCUUUUUGUAGUGAAUGUGGAGAAGUGCCAUCGUUGCGUCAUACUGGCCCUCAUGUAGGUGUUCAGACGCUUCAAGGUACUCACAUUCACACCAUGUUACUGGGAUGGUACAGGCCAACUGAAGGAGGACCCUGAUGUUGGGGAGGUGAACGGGAUUGUGUGACGGUCCACAACUUGAUGUGGGGAAUGCAGCUCCACAAUGCUGUCGCUUGAAUGCAUCACAUCCAGUCAGGUGGAUUGUGGACUUCUUUUAACAGCAGUGUGUCCUGUAACAACACUUUUACAGAGGAAUGACAGAUGUCCAGCAGCUGAUUGGUCAUCAUAAAGAAUGUUCCCCUCAGCUGCAGAGGUGGAGUUCCACAUUGAAGCAGGGGGUUUCACAGCCCCCUCACAUUAAAGCAGAAGAGGAGGAACUCUGGAUCACUCAGGAGGGAGAGAGUUUUCUUCGGUCAGCUGAGGUUGAUCUCACCAAGUUGCCACAGACUGAUGUCUCUGUGAAGAUUAAAGACGAUGAAGAGGAACCACAAGCAGACAAGCUCUUAGCUCCGCUAGCAGAUAGCAACCACACAACAUCACACUUUUCUGAAGAUGGAGACAGGGACCACACCCAUGAACCUUUGGGCAGAGAUACAGACUGUGAAGACGUUGAGCAGCUGAUUAGUCAUCAAGAACUUCCCCCUCAGCCACAGGUGGAGAGCUCCACUUUGGAGCAGGAUGAUCCACAGCCCCCCCAUGUUAAAGAGGAAGAAGAGGAGCCCCACCCCUCACACAUCAAAGAAGAGGAGGAACUCUGGAUCACUCAGGAAGGAGAACAUCAUCUUGGGCCGGAGGAGGCUGAUCUUAGCAAGUUGAAACUGCCUGGUGUCUCUGUGAAGACUGAAGACCAUGAAGACAAACCACCCGAGUCUUCACAGCUUCAUCACAGUCCAGACGUCCAGCAGCUGAAUGGUCUUCAAGGAGAACACCACCUUCAGCCCCCCCACAUUAAAGACAAACAGGAGGAACUGUGGAUCUCUCAGGAGGGGCUGGAUGAGGUUGCCAGGUUGCCACUGACUGGUGUCUCUGUGAAGACUGAAGAGCAUGAAGACAAACUACCCGAGUCCUCACAUCACAGUCCAAGUGAGGAGAACAGAGAGGCGAAGCCUCCAAGCAGCAGCAUCUCACCACAACACAUGACAACAGUAGUUGAUGGAGACCACUGUGGAGGAUCACAAGCAGACAAGCUCUUAGCUCCACUGUCAGAUAGUGAUGACGCGUCACAUGUCAACGUAAACAUGGACUCACACACAAGAACACACACGGCACAGAAGCCUUUUAGCUGCUCGCUCUGUGGUCAUUUAUUUUCUCGGAAGUACACGUUAAAGAGCCACAUGGUAAUACACACUGGAGAAAAACCUUUUAGCUGUUCAGUUUGUGGUAAAAGAUUUUCUAACAAAAGUAAUAUGCUGUCACACAGGAGAACACAUUCAGGAGAAAAACCCUUUGGUUGUUCAGUUUGUGCAAAAGGCUUUUUCAAAAACUCUGAUUUGACUCGACACAUGUGGACGCACACGGGUGAAAAACCUUUCCGUUGCUCAGACUGCGGUAAAACUUUCUCUCAAAAGGAGAAGAUGCAAUCACACUUAAGAACGCACACCGGAGAAAACCCUUUUUGUUGUUCAGUUUGUGAUAAAAGAUACUCUUCCAAACGUAAUCUGCAAUUUCACAUGAGAACUCAUUUAGCAGAAAAACCCUUUGGUUGUUCAGUUUGUGCAAAAGGCUUUUUACAAAACUCUGAUUUGACUCGACACAUGCGGACACACACAGGAGAAAAACCUUUCAGUUGCUCAGACUGCGGCAAAACAUUUGCGCAAAGGGGAAGGAUGUUGUCGCACACGAGAACACACACAGGAGAAAAACCUUUUUGUUGUUCAGUUUGUGGCAAAACAUUUUCUCAAAAGUUUAGUUUGACUCGACACAUAACGCAGAUGGAAGAAAAACCUUUAAGCUGCUCAGUUUGUGGUGAUGUAUUUUCUUGCAAGUCGUCUUCCAGUAGAGCAAUACAGAGUCACUGAUGACUGUUCUGCCUGAUACUCAAGCAGCCAGUGUGGGUGGCACAUUGAAACUUAUGUGUUCUCAAAGUUUAAAGCUGAGCUACAGACGAGAGGAUCCUUAAUGUAUUUUUUGGAUGUUGGGCGGAAUUCUAUGAAGGCGUAGGAGGAUACAUCGCUAUGGUAACUAAUGUUUGGGGGCAAGAGAUGAGUCAUUAAAAGCACGGCCUCCUGACCAAUCAGUUCUCUCUAAAAAAAAAAAAAUGACAUCAGCGUUCGUUGACCCGAGGUCGGUGCAGAUAAUGAGAGUUAAAAGCAAGGAGUUUUCCAGGCUCUGGCAAAAUCCCUUUUGCUUUUCUUCAUGAUUUUCAUGAGGAACGGUUGGAAGGAAUGCCUUAUCUCAGCCAGCUUCUGGUGUUUACAAGAACGCACUUACAGGUAUUUUCUUUUAUUAUAUGUAGCUAAUAUUUGUUAUGCUGUUACUGCAGAUAAAGUGAAAUUAAUCCCCCCCACUACUGUCAGUCAGGCUUUAUUUAAUUUUAUUUUUAACUAACUCUAAGUCGCUAGUCACCUAAUUUGCAUAUGAUGUAAAAUGCUGUAGGAAAAGAGCAUAACCUCGUAGGAGAGACAAAAAAAGCCUUAAUUUUGUUUACAACUGCAAAUAAACCAGAUUUUGAUUUGUGAAUUUUGUAAACUGGCCGUCAUUUCAUCAUAUUUAAUCUUAGCCAGCGCCUCUCAAAGUUCUCCCAUCACACGUUGGCUAUUGAGGACUUUUUAAAAUGAGCACAAUUGACCAGCGAACAACAGAUGAUGCUGUGUUCAUUCUAUGGCGCACAACAUGACUCCGUGUGCUUCGUGAGGAGCACUCUCUUCUGGUGAAUCUAUGGAAUAGCAAGUGGUUUAUCAAUUACUUACAUUUCACCCACGAAUUGUAAGAUAAUCCACUUCAUUUUCCAAAUAAAGAGUAGCAAUUGAUUAACUACAAUAUAAACACACCCUCCUCCUUUAUCUAGGCUUACGUUUGCGUUUUAGAUCUGGCUGUGUAAAACAGGGCGACGGAAUCGCGCAAGCGUAAUUCAUUUGCAGUUCAGACGUGUCGCGCGCCACAUCAUGCGGAGGCUGCCUGCCUUUGGGCGGGGCGGAUCUGUCAGCAGCACCCGCUGUUGCUCAGUGAGAACACAAAAUACAGAACAAUACGUACUUACACGUUUGAGUGACCAAAUACCAGAAAACGACGCCGAGAAAAGUUGCUAGAUUUGUUGCUUGUCACUUCUGAGGGAAAUAUGUCGUCAACGCGGGUUGGAAUGUCUCCAGAUCUUGUGACCAAAUCUCCCAAGUUGGCAGCACGACGCUUAGUACCUCGUCAUCUUGAGAUGAUGCUAAUUUUUGUCUUUUUCUUCUUCGAUAGUUUGUUGUGACGUUACAAUGCUGCCACCUGGCGGAUGUAUUGAACUGAGAGCCGAGGAAGAAAAAAAAGAUGCAAAGCGCUCACGUUCAAAAAUGUCUUUAUUGCAAACACAAAUAUAAAUAAUACCGUUUACUCACGAUACCGUGUUUGUUAGCUUUACUCUUGCACACAACUAAUGAACAUAGAUCAUUUCAAAAGGACAAAAUAAACAACUUUAUUGGCAACAUGUGAGAGCCGUCACUCACGUCGCCACAUUAACCCGCACGCGUCCGUCCUCCCCAUUCAUGACCCUGCAAACACAUGCAGCGCCCCCUGUUGAGAAAAUAUACCAACGGUCAACACUUCGCAGUGCACGCACAAACACACACGUCACGCUCUGUCCUCGGGUUCAAAAUCACUGAUCUGUACUAAAAGAAUCUGGAUAGACCACACGUCGCACGCGCCUGUGCAAGCCGCUGAAGCCACAGAGACGCCAUCUUAGCACUCACAUGUCGUACGUAGCAGACUACAUUGGCACAGCGUACAUAGUGUACAAAGCAGAUGAAGAGGCUAACAGAACAUCUAUAUUUGACAUUAAAAAGCGGGGAGAUUCAACCUUGGUCCCUUAAAAACCAUUUGAUACGUUAUUCUCUAUCUUUUGGCUAUAUUAAAUGUACUUUUUCCCCUUCCAAUUCUCAUUGCCUUUGGGACAAAAUGCUACUGUGCACCCUGGCUCAGCACUCCCCUAUAGCAAUGAUAGUUUUACUCCUCUAGAAAGAGAUUUUCAUUUGAACUGCAUAUCCCAUCCCUUUUUUUCCACUAAAAUCCAUGGUCAUGAUUCUUUACUUUUUAUUCUUACUUUCAUACAAUUCACUAUGCUCUCAUCUGUACAAAAUAUGAAUCAUAAAAGAGACAAGUUUAAAAAUCAUUUCACAUUUUGAUGAUUUUUUUUUUUGUUUGUGUUAUGAAAUAGAAAUAAGCUCUUUUCUGAUAUAGAAAUAUAUUUGAACAAAAACCACAGGAAUAAUAUGGAAUAUAAUAUGUAAUAAUAUAUAAACAUUGUCUCCAUAUGGGGGUUCAUUUGAAAUUCGGCUAAACAAACAAAAAAAACGUAUUUUUUUAUAUUUGCCAGCAACCACAAAUGAUUUAGUAGUCUAGUGGUGGUUGUUUGUUUACAUAUCCCCCACGGCCCCCCAUGUAAAGCCCUUAUGACUCAGGUAUGGUAUGAUAUGGACAGAAUGUUUAAAAAUGAUCAUACCCAAGUCCUUAUGACUAAGCUCAAGCACACCUGUUGCAUUUAGUGUGAGUGGGUAACAAACUAACAACACACUUAACAACUCACAAGUUCUCACAUAAGUCAUUGUCCGUCAAGUGUUUCCUGGGAGUGGCAAUAUGGCGGCCGUGUGGCUUCACAAGUCAUUGACCAAUGGGCUAUCCAGAUUCCUUUAGUACAGAUGAGUGGUUCAAAACACUCAACACUUCCGGGGUGUUUAAAUAUGCAAGUUUCGGGCUUCAUGGCAAUCACAUGACGUGACACGCUUCAUAAGAUUUCAAACACAACCAAAGAACUUUAUUGUUUGUUUGGAUGUAUCAUUUAGCUUAGGAGUGUAUUUGGCCCAUUCAUUAUGCCAAUUAUUUUGCUAAAUAAAUGUUUCUUUAUUUUUUAAUACUAAAUAUACGGACUAGUUCAUGGUGAGUGAUUGCAAGAGAAAUGAGUACCCACCUUUAGUCAAAAUGUGAUGACGUCAUAUAAAUUUAAUCGUUAAAAAUAAUAGCUGGAAAGUAACUGUCAAAAAGUGAUUGAUGAUGUUUAUAUAUGUAAGGGGCCGUUUUGCUCAUAUACGGUGAUCACAUUUUUGGGU